AUGACGGCAACGAAGAGACGAACGACACAACUCUUGACGUUGUGGAUAGCAUGGAUAUUGUGCACCCUGUUCACCAGCGUGCUGGUGUGGGGAGAACGUUUUGAUGCGUCUCCAUCAUAUAAUGAAGAGCGAGUGCGUCUAGUUACUUGUUGUGAUCUUGUAGAAAAACACUGGUCUCUGCUGUACAGCUGGCAUAGCAGCUGUGUUAAGAAGAAUGUGGGACUUGAGGGAAUUGCCCGCCGAUUCUGGGUAUCCCCACCCCCAGCGGAGCUUACGAGUAGUGUUCCGAUGUGUGUUGAACGGGGACAAUCCCUUAGCGUUGAAUUUCUUAAGGCUUUUCUUGAGAAGCGACUGUGUGUUGGUCUUCCGGUGACGCACACAGAGUUGGUGAGAAGUGUGUACAGCGUUUUUGUUGCAGAGAAUCCGCUGAGUGAAGAUGAAUUGGUCACACUUAUUGAAGAGGCGUGUGUGAAAGUACAGCAAGUGGGAAUUAAGACAUGGCGUCGCUCAUUAGAUGUACAGACGGUUAAGGAAGCACAGCAAAUUGUGUGUGCUCACCAUUGUCCUAAUAAGCAGACUAUUUUUGAUGGUGAUAUUUAUGAUCUUUAA